CACAGCUAUCUGACCAGAGUGCAAUUCAACACCAGACUUGACAGCUGAUUUUUGAGAAAAUUGACAGUGGAAACCAACUUCACAAUGAGUGACCAUGGACUGAGUGGUGCUGUAUAUCUUUGUGAGACUGACUUUCCAAAUUUUACUGGCCCUUUCUUCAUCUUGAUCUUUAUCAUCAGUGUCAUAGGCAAUGGCCUCCUCUUAUGUGUUCUCUUCAUCUAUGAGAAACUGAAAACUGUGACAAAUAUUUUCAUCCUGAACCUGGCCUGCUCUGAUUUGAUCUUCACCAUCACACUUCCAUUUUGGGCUGUUGAUCAUUUACACCACUGGGUCUUUGGGGACUUUGCCUGCAAAUUCCUGACUGCUGCAUACUUUGUUGGGCUGUACAGCAGUGUCAUUCUGCUGACUGCCAUGACAGUGGAUCGUUUCAUUACUGUGGUGCUGCACAACCGGCUGAGCAAGUAUGCUAUAAGGCAGAGGUGUGGAGUUGGUGCCUGUAUAUCUGCCUGGGUCAUCAGCAUCUCAGCAUCCCUGAGUGAUGCUAUGACAGUAAAAGUGGUAGACCUGGACAAUUUUACCUAUUGCGAGCCUAAAUUUGAUGACAAGCUUGGACAUUAUCUCCAAGUAUCACUGCUAUUCUUCCUCCCAUUUGCCAUCAUUAUUUUCUGCUAUUCUGCCAUCCUCAAGACAGUUUUACAAGCUUUAAACAGAAAGAAGCACAGGGCUGUAGCUGUGCUGUUGUGUAUUGUUGCAGCCUUCUUCUUUUGCUGGGGGCCAUACCAUAUUAUGCUUUUAAUUAAAUCUCUUGAUAAACUGAUAGGUUGUAAGGCAGAGGAACGGUUAGAAUUUGCCUACCAUAUUUGUGAAAUGCUUGCCUAUUCUCACUGCUGUAUGAACCCUCUGCUGUAUAUGCUCUCACAGAAGAUGCGAAAGCAUCUGUUGAAUCUUUUGCGCUGCAAAAAACUGUGCAGGAAGAACAGAGAGAGAGACACAGCUCUCAGUUCUGUUAGUCAGAAAGCAGUUUUCAUAGCUGCGAGUUCUGCUAUAAACUUGGAACUGCACAACGAUCGGUUAAACAGCCACUUGUGAAGUUAAACAUUGACUCAAUCUGUAAAUAUUCUUAUUUAAUUUGACAUCUUUUAUAUGUUCUCCUGAAUUUAAAUACAAAUUACAUGCAUUUUUAAUUUUAAUGUGCCAAGUAAAAGUAAAAUGUAUGUGUUUAAGAAUCUGCACUUUUCUACUGCACUUUUACUAGCAAUGCUGUUUUUGUAAAAAAAAAUAAAAUGUUGCUGAAAUCCAGUGAAGCUGUUUUCACUUCUCUAUUCUCUCUACACAUGUCAUGAUAGGCUAGAUGGAAAAAAUGCAAUGAAAGCAAAUUUCUGUGGUCAUAUUAGUAUGAGGUGUAAGUGUAUUUAAACAAUCACUGAGAGAAACACAGAGUGCACACACAAGUACUUUCAUCACAAGACCUAAACAAGUAAAUCAUGGCCUUGGACAGUGACAGUUAUGAUUACAUACACUUUAAUGAAACUCUAAGCAGCGAGACCGAGUAUGACAUUAAGAUACCAGAACUUCACUAUCCUGCUGCUGUCAACAGUCUCGUCUUCCUCAUCAGCCUGCCUGCAAACAGCUUCCUGUUGUGGGUCCUCCGGACGGAACGAGCUUGGAAGAUCACAUCGGAUAUUUUACUUCUUCAGCUCACAGUUUCUAACCUCUGCUUCACUGUGACAUUGCCUUUUGCAGCCUGUAAUGCACUCCAUGGGUGGGUCUUUGGAGAGUGGGCCUGUGGAGUAGCUGCAGGGAUUUAUUAUCUGGGACUGUUCACUGCCGUGGUGAUCCUCACUGCCAUGUCUUUGCAUUGUUAUGUUACUGUGGUUCAGCCUUGGUGCUUGUCUGCACAGGCCUUAGGAAAAUAUGGUGUUCUCAUAGGUAGCAUUGUGAUGUGGCUGGUGUGUGCUGCUGCAAGCAUUAAACUGGCUGUGAGUGGUAGAGUCAUCGAAUUCGCUGACCUGAAAGUGUGUGUAAAUUUGGUGGAGUCACUAACCAUGAAACUCAUCGACCUCUACACACAGAUUUUUCUUUUCUUUCUCAUUCCUGUCCUUAUCACUUCAUUCUGUUAUGUUCACAUGUGGAUAAUGGCAAAGCAGGGCAGGAUAAACAGCCAACAACUGCCUUCAAAAUUGAUUUUAGGCAUAACUGUCAGUACUUUUCUAUGCUUGGCUCCUUACAGCAUCCACAUGUUUAUACAGUCCUUGCUACUAUUGGAUUUUUAUGAGUACACACAUGAACUGAUAUAUGCAUUGCACUAUGCUUGGUUGAUCAUUCAUCCCAUCACUCACAUCUACUGCUGCUUUAUCCCUUUGGUGCAUUUAAUAGGAGUACAGAGGUUUAGGAGGUAUCUUCCCAUGCCGUGCAGUACAUUAUCACCGUGCAGAGAUGAGACUAAAACUGACAGUCCAAUGGCAUUCAUCCUUCUCCAAAAUGCGGAAGAAAUUUGAAUUUACUGUACAAUGCAUGCAUUAGGAUGAGAUGGGUAGAUGCUUGAGAAGUUAUUAGAUAAAUUAGCUGAACUUAAUAUAGUACAAGCAACAGUAACAACAACAAAAAGUGGGCAGCACCUAUUAAUGAUAGAGUUUGACUUUUGUUGCUGCCAAAGGGGUGUACCACAAAGCAAGAUUAAUGGCUUAGUGAGUUUUAUGUUAUGAAAGUGACUUUUUUUUUUACCUGGCUAAAUCACCAUGGUAACAUGCUGAACACACAACCAGUGAAAGUUGAUAACCACCUUUGUAAUACUAAUUAUGUCCCACUGUGGUUUUCAGUUUUGUUGAGCCAGGUAAGACAAAGAAAGCCAACAUUCUCCUAGUAUACAUCUUUGGUACAGAGUGGUUCAAAAUGGCAAAUAAAUAAAAAAUAACUCAAUUAGUCAAGCUUUAUAGAAAGACAAAUGCUACAACUGGUGUUUCAUCCACAGAAAAUUCAGGGUGUUCUGUGGUUAGACUGGGAUUCUACCAGUUACUGCAAAGGUGUCCAUCAUAUAAAGAGAAACAGAAGUGACAAUUUCAGUUUGACAUUGUGUAAUGUGUUGUGUUUCAAUACGUUUUCUUAAUGUUUUUAACUGUGUUAUAUACUUUCUGAUCAGAAUCUUCUAUUUUAUACUUGUACUACUCCAAAAUGAUCAGUUGAUUAUACUGUACAUCGUAUUAGUGAUACUGUAGAUUGGUCACUAUGAUUACAUGUGUUACAUUUUCUGUUGUCAAAGAAAUCACUUUCAAAGUUAUUUUUUAUACAUUUGAUAUUAUGAUUAUUUUCACAUUUUAGUUCAUGUAAAGUAUUCUCAAUGAAUUUGAUUUAAAAAAAUAAAACAAACUUUUUUAUCUUG